UUCAUCUUCUGGGAAUACGAGCUCUUGGCCCCAGUCCCUGGACCCUCCAACAGAACACCUUCCCUCAUCCGGCUUGUGAUCCUCCCCUGAGGAUGUGGCUCUGGUGACCAGGUAAUGAUUGGAUGGGCCCGCAGGGGGCGAGGAGGAGGUCACUCCUCCAAGACUCAGGGGGAAAGUGGUAGGUGUACGACUGCAAGCUAGACAAGGGAGGCAGCUGAGAAAAAAGAGAGAGAUCAGCCAGUGUUCUCAUGGGGAGAAGGGACAGGGUGAGAAAAGCAGAUACAAAAACAGAGAAACAGGGUGGAGGCAAGACAGAGAAUUAGAUAUAUUUGAAUGAAGGAAUGGGGAAUUAGAAACAAAGAGGAGAGACAGUGAAAAAAAAAAACAAAACUACGUAUCUUUCUCUAUAUCUUUAUUUAUAUCUACACACAGACUCAGAGAGAGAUAGAAACAGGGAGAAGGAGCGAGAUAACAGGCAUAGAGGGAAGAGAAUAAUCAAGACAGUGAAAGACUGACCUAGAAUCAGAUUCAGGGACACAGGAGACUGGAAGUCUUUGGUCUUCAUUGUUAGCCAUGGAAGCAGAAAGGAGGAAUCAGCAGAGUAAGCAAAAAAAGGGGAGAGAUCACAGCAGCCUCUUGCCUGAGAGAUACCCGGACACUGGAACUCUGACCUCCACUGUGGACAGGAGCACUCAGCCCCACAAGAGGCUCUCUGGUAUGGGGAUGGGGAGACCAAGGCUUUCCCAGCAAGGAGCACAGAGGGUUUGCGCACACUCCAGGCGCCGACAUCGCACCACCUUCAGCCCAGUACAGUUGGAGCAGCUGGAGUCAGCCUUUGGGAGGAACCAGUACCCAGACAUCUGGGCCCGAGAGGGUCUCGCCCAGGACAUAGGCCUCAGUGAAGCCAGGAUCCAGGUCUGGUUCCAGAACCGCAGAGCUAAGCAGCGGAAGCAAGAGCGGUCACUUCUCCAGCCACUGGCCCAUCUGUCUCCUGCCACCUUCUCUGGUUUCUUGCCUGAGUCCUCUGCUUGCCCCUACACCUACCCAAUAUCACCUCCACCGGUAGCCUGCUUCCCUCACCCCUAUAACCAGGCCCUUCCUGCCCAGCCCACCACAGGUGCUUCCUUUGCUGUACCACACCAGCCCAAGGACUGGUACCCCACCUUGCACCCAACUCCCUCUGGUCAUCUGUACUGCCCCCCACCCCAACCCAUGCUUCCCCUAAGCCUUGAGCCAUCAAAGUCCUGGAACUAA